UCGUGGAUUCCACGUUGGCCCGGACGUGGCAGUCGGCAGGAGACCUGAGUGGAAAUCAGUAAAAUUAUCACACUUUGCUUCUGCCUCAGUGGUACUUCUACAAAUUUAAACGUCCUCGACCAAUUAUGGGGCUUACCAUCUCGUCAAUCUUCGGCCGGCUGUUUGGCAAAAAACAAAUGAGGAUUUUGAUGGUUGGACUGGAUGCUGCCGGAAAAACUACCAUCUUGUACAAAUUGAAGCUUGGUGAAAUUGUAACCACCAUCCCAACCAUCGGUUUCAAUGUGGAGACAGUAGAAUUUAAAAAUAUCAGUUUCACUGUAUGGGAUGUGGGUGGCCAGGACAAGAUCAGACCCCUCUGGAGACAUUACUUCCAGAAUACACAGGGCCUCAUCUUUGUGGUGGACAGUAAUGACAGAGAAAGAGUGGCUGAGUCUGCAGAAGAGCUCUCAAAGAUGUUGCUGGAGGACGAGUUGAAAGACGCUGUUUUGCUGGUGUUUGCUAACAAACAGGACCUGCCCAAUGCCUUAUCAGUCAGCGAACUCACAGACAAACUCGGCCUACACGCCCUCCGCAACAAAACUUGGCACAUUGAGUCAACCUGUGCCACCCAGGGCACUGGGCUGUAUGAAGGACUCGACUGGCUAUCCAAAGAGCUGUCCAAGAACUAAUAAUGGAUCCACUGGACAGAUGAGAGAGAGAGAGACUGAACACCACAGGACAGGAGAGAAGGCACAGACAUUCAAUCCAGAAACGUUUUCCAGCACCAGUGUUCAUAAAAAGGACAAGGCUGGUGGACAAUGUAAUCAUCUUCGGGAAAUUUGAAUAUCUCAUAUUUUUUCUUUUAUUAUCAAUACUAUACUGUAUUAUCUGGCAUAGUCUCUAAUUUCCUCUUUUUGUUACCUAAUUCUUACAUGGCAACAAGUUGUAAUUACACAUUCAGUUGCAUGAUGAGCAAAUAGAUGAGCAAAUGGUCUAUUAGGGAAAGUUCAUGGAAAUGAAAUGAAUAGAAUAAUGGGAGUUCAUUUUCCACACCUUGGCUCCUGUGUCGGCAGCAUUUGAACUAAUCAACCACUCGUAUAAUUGUUGGCCUUAUAUUUGAGCCUGGGUUGGGGGAUAUGAUAAUAUAACCCUAGAGAUUUGGUGAAGGGCAACUUGUAGGCUGCCACAAGCUGUUCAUCUCCAUAACCCCUCAUGGAUAUUUGACUCCCUCGCAGACAUGACCCUUUGUUCUUCACUGCUAUGUCCUCAAUCUCAUGCCAGCUCAUUUCUGUAAAGGCCUGUAGGCUGAGAUGGAUGAGGUCUGCAGUGAAUUCACAGAUAGAUUUUGUUAAUAGUGCGCAACCACGUGGCCUCCUACUAAAUGGAUCCAAAAAGGAACAUUGUGCCUUCUGGUUCCUCUUUACACAAAUCUGAGUAAUCCUUCCUUACUGUAUCUCAUUCCUAGGCCAUGCGCCCUCUUCAGAUGCUUUAGUGACUUUUUUUCUUUUGAAAGACAAAAUAAUGCAAUAAGAAUAUGCUGCAGUGUUUGCUGUGGUGCAGCAGAACCAUGGUAUAGUGUGACUCUUCCUUGCAACUUGAUUUUACUAUCAACCGGGAGAUUAUCCUGUUUGAACAUUUGUGAAGUUCUCCUAACUCCCUUUCCUUUGUUUUUCAAUAACCACCUUAAAAAUAAUUUGAUUUAAAAAAAAAAAAAAAAAAAGCUCAGUUCUUCUAUCUAUCCUAACAGAAAGUCUUUUUUAACCUACAAGAAGGAAGGAAGCAGCUUUUCAGUGCUGACACUGGGCCAGUGCGACACAGUGAAGUUGCAUGUUUUUUGUUGUUGUUUUUUGUCCUUUUUUUGGCAGUGCUUAUUGCAGAGUUUGCUGUACUGUUUGAUGGCAAAUAUUGUAUUAUAUACUUAAUUAUUCUACCCCUCUUGAAACACAAAAACAUACCUGCCCAUCAACUUAUUUUACAUUCCUGCAUAUGCUUACAGAUUCUGGAGCUGCCACUCUUGAAAAAAUGUAUGUGCUAAAAAUAUUUUGCAAAAAAAAAUCUCUGAAUAAAGCCUAUGUUAAAAAAUAAA